ACAAUUUUAUAGCUUGCUUUAAGGCUUUCAGCGCAUAUUUUGUGAAAAAUACGGCAAAAGAUCAAAAUGUACGCUCAUAUGGCUCUCUGGUUCGGCUGCACAUCGUUCCUGACGAUAUAUACAUUAUUUUCAGUAAUACGCUGCACACAAAGAGGAGAAGAAAGGCCGAGAUGCCAUUGUGCACGGCCUCAGCAAGAGCAGGCUCAGGUUAGGGCUCCUUGGUCCGUUUGGUCGGGUUAAACCAAGCUAAACGCCCCUUGCCACGACGAAGCCGACUGGUCGAACAUGAAAACACAGUCAUGAUAAGCGGAUCGCGGAGUGGGGGUAUGGUAGUUACAAGGGAAGCAAGGCGUUAUGAUCCAGUCCAGAUGAUCAUGCCGCACAGCAGAAAACCGGCUGCCAGAUGGCCCGGGAGACAUUCCGGAGCUCGACGAGAUGGAGCUUGUCGAACGGUAUGCGGCCCAGUGGCCAGGCCAGAUCGCGUGCAGGCUGCGUGCGCGUCAUGUCCUGCGGCGGGUAUGAGUGUUACAAGCCGGAUCGGCAAGAAGCCGCACGCACGUGAUAAAACGUCGCGACGAGGAUCGCGACCUGCUGCGCGAUGUGCUGUUUGCUGAACGCCUCGGCUUGGUUCGUGGGGUCGAAGACGUCAAUGGCGUCCUCGGCCGUCCAUCGAUCAUGCCCUGGCCACUGAUGCAGUCGUCAACGGCAGAAGCACCCCAGCAAGAAGUGGUGCGGCGUACCUGGAUGUACAAGCUCACCUCCGUCGUCGUGGUCGAGAGCAUGGGAACCGUAUCUGCGUCAUGGAGGCCUUGUAUGGGUGUCCGCAGCGCGUUCACCAAGAGAACCCCAGGCACACCGUUCGUAUGGAAGGCUAUGUUCGGCAGGGGCACGAAAGGCGCUUGACCCGAGGCUGGAGUGAACGAAGUUUGGGGGACGAUGACGCCCGGGAGAUAAGCCUGAACACAAGAGGGAUAGUCCGAGAGCGAGUGGUGCCGCUGAUCUCCGUGGGCGACGUGCGAGUUGGGUGCAUCUUCUGCAGCAGACCCUCUUGACGUUGUGAGCUGGCGCCGCCGGCGUACGGACGAUGCAGAGGCUCCUCCAGAUCUCGGGUCCUGAGGACGCACUGGGCCUUGAGGGCGAACUUGACCUUCAGAACGAGGACGAGUUGCGGAUUGAGAAAAACUUUCGUCCCGGUGCGCGGACUGUCUUCCGAGUGCGAGCCCGAUUGAGAAAACUAGCACCAGCGCCCUGUUCCACCAAGCCUCGUCAAAGCUGCGCGCACGGUACCGGGCACCCUACUCACCAAGUUCCCGGUGCAAAUACGGCUGGCAUCCUGUCAAACCCUUCGGAGCGCAGAGCGUAGAAUGGAGAGCGGUACAGCACAAAAGCGUUGGACACUCGGGUGGUGGUGUGCACGAGAGUGAUGGAUGCAUGGAAGUUUGUGAGUCACGCAAGGCACGAGACAAACGCGUGGGUAGAGAAGCCACGAGGGCGGGACUUUCCGUUAUGGACAAUCUUUUGACACGAUACUGUAUUGUACAUACACCCUGAGGGACCAACUAUCGGGCGGACGAUCAUCAGUAAGUUGCUCAG